AUGGCCACAAUGAUCCCAGCUGAGGGAAUUGACCGAGACAUUGAGCUGCUCAGUCGCAGUGUUCCUGUCUGGCCGACACAGCUACGGCGCGAAUCUUUAGGUCGCGAUUACAACGUGCAGAAGAUGCAGAUCGACUUCGCUCACCGUGAAGUGCGCGGGCAUUGGGAAGAGUUUAUUCAUCCGUCAGGAGCUAUAUACCACUACAAUGCGAAAAGUAAAACAUACACAGGGAUGAACGUGAGGGACUGUUCCAACGAACAGCUCCAGAAGCUCGAAUCUUGGAUCAAGGUGUCAAGAUCCAGACUAGAUGGAAAGCCGUGGUUGUUGAUCGUCGAGCCGAUCUUAGCGAGAGGGAAGGAGAUCUACCCGUAUUACUACGUGGUACCCGAGAAUCGCGUCAUUACCUGGAUCGAGCCCGUGGAUGGCUACCUCCUGUUUCAAGAAUGUACAACGGUAUGGCACUGGAACCACAAAAGACUUGAACUGGAGGCCCAAUAUUGGAAACACGUUGAAUAUUUUCCGCAUGGGAUUGAAAUUCAUCGUUCGGAGGUGAAAACUUUCCGACUGCAAUUGAAUUGGUAUCGCGUAGAGGCCUUAGCCUUGGAACAAUCUAUUGCGGGCUCAAUAUUCUGGACCUUGGAACAAAUGAAAGAAAUGAUUGCUGAGCUAGCUACUGCAGAAGGACUUGCAAGAAGUGAUGGAGUCAUGGAAGAGCAAGGCGUCGCAAUCUGCGGUAAAUUAUUCCACAUACUCCGACAUCACGAAUAUCUGAACCACCAUGGCCAACCCGAAGCUCGCUUGAUGCGAACACAUUCACUGGGUGAGAGGCGCAGAGAUCUGGAAAAAUCUCCCUUCAUCACUGCCGUUGCCGUUGCCAUGCUCUGGAUCCCAAUAAUGGUGCUCAGACGACUCCAAAAAAUCUACGUUGAUGGUCUUGUCAAUGGGGUCGACAUGAAGGCAUUCAUAGACGAUUUCAGUGCACAAGCUAAAUCCCAAACUACGGUUGCAAGUGUCAUCAUGGCAGUUAACGCCAGCAUUCUUGCCAUCCCAGUGUCUACUGCAUUAUCGCAUGCACGAUGGCACAACAAUUUGGUCAACGAAUGCGAUCCCUUGACUUUGCGGUUCGACCAUUUUCUUAUUUCUACCGUCUGA